AUGAGCCCAACGUUGAGCGUGAAAGCAAUUGAAGAUGACAGUUCGGGUCGAAGCAAAUCUCUCAUAUCCACUAUGACGAGGCAGAAAGAAGAAAAAAUUGACAUUCGUUUCAUCGUAUCUAAUAUAAUUACCAAUAGAAUGAUUUCAUCAAUCCGAUGUGGUCGAGUUCUCGAGAAUGAGACGCUCAUAAAUCAAUAA